CUCGUAUUGUCGCACAAUCGAACCGAAGCAACGAAACCAAAGAAACCGCCGUGCGUUUCGCUCGUCUGAUAAGAAAAAUCGACGCGUCAGGCAACGACGACAGCGGCGACGGCAACGGCGCUUUACACAGUGCCAGUGCCAGUGCCAGUCUCCAUGCAAGUGCCAGUUCUUAAACAGUCAACUAACCAACCGACCAACCGACCAACCAACCAACCAAACAACCGAGCGAUCCAAUCUCGCGCUAUCUAAAGACAGUGCCGCCUGCAUCAAAUGCAAGUUAAUGCAACUAGCUAAUUGAAAUCUAACAACGGCAAAGUGCCUGCUUCAAUAUAACGCAUACGACACGUGUGACAAUCCGCCCAAAAGCAUAAAAAAAUAAUAAAAAAUAAUACGAAAAUUGAAAAUUGCAAAAUCUAAAUUUUCGGCAAAUAUUGUGUGCAGUGUUGUUGCUGUUGGUUGUUGUUGUUGCUGUUGUUGAGCGUGCAUGCAAUUGGCUUUAGAGAUGAUGCAAACCCUGAAACCGCCACCGCCGCUGCAUCAACAUCAACAUCAUCAUCAGCCACAGCCACAGCAUCUGUCAGUCAUGGAUAAUCACCAGCAUCCGCAUCCGCAUCAGCAACAUAUACAUCAACAGCAACAGCAGCAGCAACAACAACAACAAUUGCCACCCACGCCGCAGGCAUCGCACCUGCUCGCUGGACAGCACAAUCAUCCACAACUUGGUGGAGUUGGCGUCGGAGUUGGAGUCGGUGUCGGCGGCGUGCUGCCUGUCGACCAUGAUGACCCAAAUCCCGAGCUGGUGCUCGCUUUAAUUUCAAGGAAUCGAGCGCUUGAGGCUACGAUACCAAAGUGUGGCGGCUGCCACGAACUGAUCCUGGAUCGCUUUAUACUGAAGGUGCUGGAAAGGACAUGGCAUGCGAAGUGUUUGCAGUGCAGUGAAUGCCACGCCCAAUUGAACGACAAGUGCUUCGCACGGAAUGGACAAUUGUUCUGCAAGGAAGACUUCUUCAAGUCGAACAGACGUUAUGGUACAAAGUGUUCCGCUUGUGAUAUGGGUAUACCGCCAACGCAGGUGGUACGCCGCGCCCAGGAUAAUGUCUAUCAUCUGCAGUGCUUCCUCUGCGCCAUGUGCUCCCGCACCCUCAACACCGGCGAUGAGUUCUAUCUGAUGGAGGAUCGAAAGCUCAUCUGCAAGCGUGACUACGAGGAGGCCAAGGCGAAGGGUCUCUAUUUGGAUGGCUCCCUGGACGGUGAUCAGCCGAAUAAACGGCCCCGCACAACAAUCACCGCCAAGCAGCUGGAGACUCUGAAAACCGCAUACAACAAUAGUCCGAAACCCGCCCGACAUGUACGUGAGCAACUGUCGCAGGACACGGGUCUGGACAUGCGUGUAGUUCAAGUCUGGUUCCAGAACAGACGCGCCAAGGAAAAACGACUGAAAAAGGAUGCAGGACGCACGCGCUGGAGUCAAUACUUCCGCUCCAUGAAGGGCAACUGCUCGCCCCGCACUGACAAAUUCCUGGACAAAGAUGACCUCAAAGUCGACUACGACAGCUUCAGUCAUCAUGAUCUUAGCAACGAUAGUUAUAGCACCGUCAAUUUGGGUCUGGACGAGGGCGCCUCGCCGCACAGCAUACGCGGUUCCUACUUGCACGGCAGCUCGAGUCCUUCACAGUAUCCGCCGAGCAGUCGCUCUCCGCCUGCGGUGGGUCAAAGCCACACGUUCGGCUCAUAUCCAGACAAUAUUGUGUACACAAAUAUUGAUCAUGCUGUGGGUUCUAGCCUGCAUCCAAGCAAAACACAUCAACGCCUGCACAGUAGCAACAAUGUUUCAGAUUUAAGCAACGAUUCUAGUCCCGAUCAGGGAUAUCCUGACUUUCCUCCCAGUCCCGACUCCUGGCUCGGUGAUUCGGGGAGUACCAAUAAUACCAGCAUUAAUAAUAACAACAAUGCAAACAGUAAUAAUAAUAAUAAUAACAAUAACAAUAAUAACAACAGCCACAGUGCGGGCAGUGGGCCAACGUCCAAUUCAAAUGCCACCGCAACUCCAAAUCCAUCAACGCCCGGCGUCCAUUACUGAUACUCAAAAUUACUUUUGCGUUAUUUUGAAAUGCAGUCGCGGAAUUUUCUGCUCGCAGCUGCCCAACAACAACAGAAGCAUACAUCGCAGCAUUAGCAGCAAUAACAACAAUAACAACAACAUGAGCAGCAACAGCAACAGCUACCACAUCAGCGACGUGACGCCAUUUUGAAAGCUUUUGUGCACUUAACAGUGCUAAGCGGAAGAAAAGCUUAACAGUUAACAGUGCUGCCACAUGCAAGCAAGCUUUUUUAUUUUGACUGCAUUAAAGCAUAUUAUGCACUAAUUUUAUUACUUUUUACUAAUGUAACACAAUUUGCUCAACAAUUCCACUUAGUUAAAACUCAAAAAAAGGAAAUGAUUAAUAAUUAUAUGAUUAGCUUGAGUACAUAUGUAAGUACAUAGUACAUACAAUUACAUACCCACAUAAUGAUGAUCAUAAUGAUGUAUGGCUAAAUGUUAUUAUGAUUACAUCAAACCCUUGACCGCAUUUUGUUUAUAUAAUUUUUAAGCUUGAUAAUUUAGUGUAUGUAAAUAUUGUAUAUUUGUGUAUAGCGAAAGAAAAAAAAAUGAUAACUAAAUUUUAAAUUAAAUUAAGUCUGUAUAGGGUCAUACAAAGAAUGUGUGGGGGGAAGAAAGCACAAGAUUUAUAAGGCCGAACCCCAAAAA